CCUCAAACACACACCAGCAUUUACUCUGCAGAGUGUGUGUCUGUCAGUGUGUGUGUGUUUUGCAUCAGGAUGUGUGUGUUCCCAGGGUGUUUUUCUCUCGGCUCUCGGGGGGAUUCGGUACCGGCGGGAUGUUUUAGCCGUUUUUGGACUCUGCAGCGCUGCAGCUUCACCUGCAGACGUUCAGCUGAUCUGCUGCCGGCGGCGUCGAGGGGAAACAGAAGCUCUGCAAGGUCAGCGAUGAGUGUCAGUGUGUGAGGAGGGGGGAGAGCAGGAGGCAGAGCGAGGCUGGAAACGGCAGGAAGAGGGAGGACCGGCGGACUGGAGGUCCAGCGUUCAGCUCCACAUGGAUCCGGAGAGCAGCGAGUCGGGAGUUUGCGGCUGCUGUGGGCCGCUGAGGCCAAGAUACAAACGUCUGGUGGACAACAUCUUCCCCGAAGACCCAAAGGAUGGACUCAGUAAAUCCGACAUGGAGAAGCUCACCUUCUACGCCGUCUCGGCUCCGGAAAAACUGGACCGGAUCGGAGCUUAUCUGGCCGAAAGGCUGAGCAGAGACGUGGUCCGACACCGAUACGGGUAUGUGGUGAUAGCGAUGGAGGCUCUGGACCAGCUGCUGAUGGCCUGUCACUCUCAGAGCAUCAAACCUUUCGUGGAGAGUUUCCUCCACAUGGUGGCCAAACUGCUGGAGUCCAGAGAACCGGACCUGCAGGUUCUGGGAACAAACUCGUUUGUGAAGUUUGCCAACAUCGAGGAAGACACACCGUCCUACCACCGGCGCUACGACUUCUUUGUCUCCCAGUUCAGCGCUAUGUGCCACUCCACCCACGAAGAUCCUGAGACCAGAACCAGGAUCCGUGUGGCCGGGAUCAAAGGUCUGCAGGGCGUCGUGAGGAAGACGGUGAACGAUGAACUUCAGGCCAUCAUCUGGGAGCCUCAGCACAUGGACAAACUGAUCCCGUCCAUGUUGUUCAACAUGCAGGACAGCGAGGACCUGGACAGGGCCGGUCAUCCCAGCACGCCUUCUGGAGCCGGUCAGGACGGCGAUGAAAACCCGGCGGCGCUGGCAGAGAGCUGCUUCAGGGAGCUGCUGGGUCGAGCCGCCUGGAACAUGAACAACGCCGUCCGGCCGGUGGUAAUUCACCUGGACAACCAUCACCUGUGGGACCCCAAUGAGUUUGCAGUUUCCUGCUUCAGAAUCAUCAUGUACUCCAUCCAGGCUCAGCACUCCCACCACGUGAUCCAGCAGGUCCUGAACCACCUGGACCGCCACAACAAGAACACUCCGAGGGUCCGAGCCGGCAUCGUCCAGGUUCUGCUGGAGACGGUGGCCAUCGCUGCCAAAGGAUCCGUGGGUCCGACGGUCCUGGAGGUUUUCAACACUCUGCUCAAACACCUGAGGAUGAGCGUCGACUUCGAGCUCGGAGAAACGUCGAGGAGAAACUCCAGCAGCAGCGUGUCUUCAGGCCGAGGCAAAGAGAGCGAAGAGAGGAUCGUCCAGAACGCCAUCAUCCAGACCAUCGGCUUCUUCGGUGGAAACCUGCCGGACUACCAGCGAGCUGAAGUCAUGAUGUUCAUUAUGGGAAAGGUUCCGGUUUACGGGACGCCAUGCCACAGUCUGGACACCGUCAAGAUCGGACAUCAGGGAACGAAGAGGAUCCAGACGAUGCUGCUCAGCUCCCUCAUCAUGGUCACCUCCGGCUUCAAGUCCAAGUCCAUGGCGGCGGCGUUGCCUCCUCCCUUCCUGGACCCUCUGUUCUCCAUCUCCCUGAUGGAGGACAGCGAGCUGAGGCAGCUGGUCCUGGAGAUCCUGCACAACAUCAUCGAUCGCCACGACAACCGGGCCAAACUACGAGGCAUCAGAAUCAUUCCAAAUGUCGCAGCACUGAAGAUUAAAAGGGAGAAGAUUUCCAAACAGGACGUCGCUUUCAUGAAGAAGCACGGCCAGCAGCUCUACCGCCACAUCUAUCUGGGCUGCAAGGAGGAAGACAACGUCCACAAGAACUUCGAGCUCCUCUUCACCACCCUGGCCACUGUGACCAUCGAGCUGGCCAACGAGGAGGUGGUCAUCGACCUGAUCCGCCUCGCCAUCGCCCUGCAGGACAUGGCUCUGGGCAGUGAGGAGAGCAUGCCGAUGUUCAUCCGUUGUGGCAUCAACGCUCUGGUGGCAGCGUACCUCAACUUCCUGAGCCAGAUGAUCGCCAACCCUCCGUUCUGUCAACACGUCAGCAAGGUUAUUGAGCUGAGGAACCUAGAUGCUCCCUAUCUCCUCCCAGAGCACAUCUUCAGAGAUAAAUGUCCACUCCCCGAAUCUCUGGACAAAGACGACCGGCAGCUGUACUUCCAGACGGCUGACAUGGCCGAGUGUCUGGCCGGUCCGGGAUACAACGCAGAGCGACUGUCCGUCCCCUACAUCCCCCAGGUCACAGAUGAAGAUCGUCUGACCAGGAGGAAGAGCUUCGUGGACACCAUCUCCCUGCAGGUGGACAUCAUGUCCAGCAGCCUCCCAGACAAGUCCCAGCUGGCCGAGGAGAUCACGUUUGAGACCCUGAAGAAGGCCAUCGAUACGACGGGUUUGGAGGAGCAGGAGCGAGAAAAGAGGCGUCAGGUGAUGGAGAAGUUUCAGAAAGCUCCGUUUGAGGAGAUUGCUGCCCACUGCGAGUCCAAGGCAAACAUGCUGCACGACCGCCUCGCUCAAAUCUUUGAACUCACCAUCCGGCCUCCUCCCAGUCCGUCCGGAGUGGUUUCCAUCUCGACCGGACACACCCAGCACCAGUCCGUCCCCGUCUACGAGAUGAAGUUUCCAGACCUGUGUGUCUACUGAAAAACACCACAUAAACACACCAACAUCGCACACGAAACCGCAAAAACUAAAAACGCUGAGAAAGAUCGACACAAUCACAACCUGUAUUCCACUUUAACCUCUUCAAUGGGAAUCAAAACGCAGCAAAACCGGAGUAUCUUUGAGCCUCAAAAAUGGAAAUAUGCCAUCUUAAAACCAGAAAAUGCAGUUUAUUCAAGUUUUUCUGCUAUAUGCUGAUUCAUUUAUCAGAAUUUAUCCGAUUUGCUGCAUUUUCUUUCCCUGAAACUCAACUUUUGAAGAACAAAAAAGACAAACAAAAAAAGAACUUAAACCACUUGAGAUUUUAGUGCAUUGAAUCCGAUGUUGCUUCACGCAGUGUACAUAUCAAACAACGCUCUCUAGAUCAAUGCUAAAACCUUCUAACAAUUGUCUAUUUGUCAGCUGUAAAAAAAUAUCAGAAAUACAAGCAGCGGUGGUAGAUUAGCUUUAGUUUCACUGCUGAUCACUGUUAAAUUUCGCUGUUAAAUAAGCUUCAGCUACCUGCUGAGAGUUCGGAGACGAAGUGAAAGCAACAUGAGAGACUGUAAAGCUGGAGUAGAAACGUGGCUCAUGCUUGGUGACGGUUGGUUUGCUGCUGGUCUCUAGAAAUAUUCAGACUUCAGUGAUGGAAACGGUGAAACAGAUGAGAGAUCGUACUGCUGAAGUGUGUUGAAGUGGUGCAGGUUUGUCGUUUUCAUCUGGUGUUGAAGGAUGUUUUCCACUGCAGGAGCUUGUAGGACGUUUAAAGGCAACAUGAAUGUUUGUAGGUUGUAAGAGCCGACUCAGUAGAACCUCUUUCAGGCUGGUUUUAGGGGACAAAAAGGUACCUACUCUAGAUUCUUCAUAGAAACCCUUAGAAAACUAAACUUGGAGCGCGGUUCUGGUUCCCGAUGUCCUCAUCCAUUAGCUGUUUACUUUAAUCUAACAUCGCAACCUAAAAUUCACCAUAUAUACCAACGUAUCAAACCUCCAUUGUUCUACCUCCUAUGUGAAAUUGGAUUUAUCCAUUUUUUUUGCUGUACUUUGGGUCAACUUUGUGGUCGUAGAUCUCAGAACCGACCCUGUAGAGCCUCUUUCAGGCUGGUUUUAGAGGAUAUAAAGGUGCCUAAAAACCUAAACCAGGGCAGUAAAGCACCAUAUGUCUGCCUUCUCGACGUCCUCGUCCAGAAACCGUCAUCUUCUACCCAACAUCACAACCCAAAAUUCAACCACAUGAACCUCCGUUGUUCUACUUCCUGCAUAGAACUGGGUUUACGUCGGUUGCUUUUCUGCACUUUGAGUCACCUUUGUGGUCGUAGAUCUCAGAACAUGCCCUGUAGAACACCUUUAAGACUGGUUUUAGGGGUUAUAAAGGUACCUGCUGUAGAUUCUUUGUAGAAACUCUGAGAAUGCUAAACGUGGAAUGCAGUAUUCUGGCUCUUGAUGAUUUUGUCCAUCAGCUGUUUCCUUCGAUCUAACAUCACAACCUAAAACUCACCAUAUAUCCAUUGUUUGUGGUCGUAGCUCUCUGAUCCGACACCGAAAGGAAAACGGAAAGACUGAAAAUGAGUCCUGCAGUGGAAAACCAACUAAUAUCAAGUCUGAUGGUGUUUUUUUUAUGUAAACUUAAAGGAAAGGAGGGAAAAGAUGAUGAACUCCUAGAGGUUCGUUUUUGUUCACCAGAUUUCAGAAACAGGUCUUUCUGGAGGUGACGAGGUCAUAAUUACAGUGAAAUGGGAAUUUUUGAAGCAAGAAGUCCAUCAAAAUUCGUGUUUCCAUGACGUAUUUUGAAACAUUAUCUUAGAAAACCUCGAGAAGAAGUUUCUACACUGGCUUGAGACGGUUUUUGCCUUUUUCAACACCAGUAAACAUGCUUAUUAGCAGCUGACAUGAGAGAACAAUUACAACUUUUUAGUUAAUAAAAAUUCUUCCAUUUUUCUCUGGUGGAUGAACAAAAUGUAGUUUCUUCUUUUUCUUUGUCUUCCACUUUUUGGUUUUGUUUCCAGCUUUAUUUCAGCUAACAUGUCCUCCAGCGCCACCUUCUGACCACACAAACACAGCUUACGUUGGGAACAAACCAAGUUCACACGACCUUUUUACAUUUUUAUGCAAAGUUUGCUUCGUUAUUGUUUCACAAUUGAAUGGAAACAUGACUUGAAUUAGCCUGAAUGAGUAACAAACAGGAAACAAUGCAGGAGUGUUGAACAAACAUCACGUCUUCCACGAAGCUGAAAGCAAAGUCGCUGGUAAAGCUGAGGCUUUUAAUGAAUUAUUAACUUCCACAAACAUCUUUUUAGUGGUUUGUGGUGAAAACAGCACAGUUGGGAUAAAAUGUCCUUCAAGUCUCCAAAACAGCAUUAGCAUAAAACGCUGAAUGAUUCCCGUAAAGUGCAGCAUUUCAUCUCUUCAGUGCAUCCAAGGUGAAGUUUGGUUAAUAGAAAAUUUAAUGCACUUAUUCGCUCAAACCUGCACUCAGGCUUAAAUGGAUCAAACCUGCGUGUUCUCAUCUUGCUAUCUGAAGCCUUGAGCUGCAAAUUUAAGCAAAAAAACAAACACCUGGGUAGUUAUUUGGAGGUAAAAACAGCAACUAAAUAAAAUGAAGUCAGUUUAAGAAACCCACAGAUGUUUCAGUUGGUGUCAGUUCAAAGUCUCAGAGUUGGAUUAGAAUUUACUUAUUUGGUAUUUGGGACCCAAAACUAAUUUCUGUAAGAUAUUUUCUCCAAAUUUUAAAAAUGUCAGAUGUCUUCAGAACCAUCAGUUUUCAAAAAUAAAAAAAGAAAGAAAAGAAACAUGUCAACUAGGAAAACAUUUUAAGCUUAAAUAUAAUUUCCCCAGCCAUGAAAUACGGUGAAAACACCAACAGAAUCAUUUCAAGCAGAUUAAAUGAUUUGAUGGAUCCAGCAGAGGAAAAUUUUAAUUACUGGUCAUUGAAAAUGGGGAAAAAAAAGAACAACAUUUUCAACCAAGGCUUUUCUAAUGUCUCCAUAAAGUUCCUGUAAGUGUUUAUAUCUAUGGAUGGAUCCAUGUUUCUACUAAAAUCCAGUCUUUGGGCAGACAAUGACUUCUUUGUACUCCCUUUCAUUCUAGUUAGAGAAUGUUUGCAUUUUCAUAAAACAUUUUUUUUUACUUUACAAAUGAAUGAAAUAAAGAAUAAAAUGAAAAUGAAAUAAAAUGAUAUUUGUCCAACCUUUGAGGCUCUAACGUCAGAAGAAUCUGAUCUGUUAAAGUUUGACUAGACAAGGCUCCAGUUUUCUUUUUUUAGAUGUUCAGCCUUGUUUCACUGUCCCAAAAUCUUGAAAAAUGUCCAAAUUUCUCACAGUUUUCUUACAGUGACACCAGACCUCUCCAGAACGGCUCAAAAUCAGUCAAAAAUGGCGUCCAAUUUGCAGAAAAUUGAUUUUAAAAAAUUGUCUAAAAUAACCCUGAAAAUGGAAAGAAAUGUACAAAUGCUCAAUCCAGGCUGGUCUAGUGUCUCCAUAAAGUCACUGUCAGUGUAUAUAUAUGGAUGAAUCCAUAUCUCUAGAAAAAAAGCAGUCUUUGGUUGACAUUUUUCCAACUUUAGUCUCUGAAAUCAGCAGAAUCUGAUGUGUGGAAAGCUGGUUGCAGUUAUUAGAUAUUUUUACUUGAAAUCGGUCUGAAAUGACUCAAAAUUGUCCACACUAACUUAAAACAUGUCUAGAAUUAGUCAAGAUGUGUCCAAAAUAAGAGAAAGGUUGUCCAGAAUGACUCAAAAUUGACCUAAACAUUUUAAAAUGUGUUCAAAUUUGUCCAAAAGAAGAUAAAGAUUGUCUAAAAUAACCGAAAACCUUUCAAAAAGGUCCUGACACUUAUCCAAGAUGACUAUAAACUUGCUUAAAAUGAUGCAUGUUUAUUCAUGAUAACUUGAAAUCUGUCCAAAAUUAUUCAGUUUAAAAAUGAGAAGUUCAAUCCAGGAUGGUUUUCAGGUGUUUAUACUAAAUGUGGACUCACUUUGUUCUUUGUUCUCACACAGAGGAAACAGAGGAAGUAGUUUAGUUCCCAUCACAAUAAAUCUCAUGUUUAUUGAUCAAACAACAAAUGAGUAAACUCUGAACCCAACAUGAGACCAGUUCAUUGGUUUGAUUCAUACAGCAGUAAAUGAGGUGUUCUGUUUUAUCUGGGGGUGAAUGAAUCAGUUUAGAUUGUCAGAUGGUAAACCGUCCUUCCCAUGACUUUAUUCUGUUUUCCGUCUCAGCCGGCAGCUUUACCUCCUCACACCUUUGUUGGCAGCUUUGAAAAAAAAAGAAACCAAAACAUGCUUCAUUGCCAAAGACAGACGUUGCCUCCCUCCUGUUUCCUGAUCUGAGAACGUCUUAAUCUGAAAAGGCUGAAUGUUGCUGGAGCCGUAUGGACGUCUCUGAAAGACGAGAGCAGUGGCUUCAAAGUUAACCUCCCCACCGAACGCAUUAAUAUUAAUAUCCAUCUUCAGCCUCUCAGAGCUUUUGGAGGAUUUAAUCAUCUGUGCAUUUUCUGCGGCUACCGCGAGGCCACGUUUUGUUUCCAAAAGGAGGCGUUCUUGGAAUGAGAUGCUUGGUAUCUGGUGCAGCUGCAGCUGUGAUCUGUAAUAGCAGAUGGUUAUCAGCGCUUUCCUCUGAUCUGAGCUCAGUGUGGACAGAAAAUCCCUCCAGCUGGAGGAAGAUGCUUGCUGUCACUGUUUGGUGAAGGUUGAAGGUCGGCGUUGGUUUGUCUGAGAGGACGAGGAACUGUUUGGUUUGUCUGGAUCCUGUUUGGUUCUGAUGCAUCUUUGGUCGUCAGUGUGAAGCCCAAGAUGUGUCAACGCCUGGAAAGGGAACAUUAGCUAGAAAACCUAAAACUUGACCGCUAACUGGUCACCUCAAUUUCCACCAAAAACUGUCAUAUCUUUUUAAAAUCUGAACGCACAGACUCGGUCCACAUAUUUAUUGAUUCAGGAGGACUUAAUCCCAAAUAUUUAAAGCAAAUUUUAAGUGGUUGUAAGCUAUUUGGCUAAGUAGCUAUUUAGCUGGUAGCCUAUAAGCUAGUACCCUUAGCAGUUCACUUCUCUCUUAGUGGAUAUUUGUUAGCAAAAUUAGCAAGUCGGUGUGAAACGCAAGAUGUGUCCAAUGCAUUAAAUAGCUGACAUUAGCUAGAAACCUAAAACUUACCGCUAAACAACACUGUAUGAGUUUGAUGCUAACAGGUGUGGACUUUACGUUAGCAGGAAAGCUAAUUGUUGUUCAAGAGCAUUUGUUUUUUUUAAGGUAGAAUUUAGCUAAGUAGCUAUUUAACUGGUAGCCUGUAAGCUAGUACUGUUAGCAGUGCACUUCUCUCUUGGUCGAUAUUUGCAAAAUUGGCAAGUCGGUGUGAAACCCAAGACGUGUUCAACGCUAGAAACCUAAAGCUUAACUGAUCCACAAAAAUCAGUCGAGACACGCGUUUAGUCAUGACAGCAUUAAAAAAAAUGCUUCCAGAUUCCAUUUAGAUUCACCAGCAUCAGCUUUUCUGUGAUCUGAAGCAAUACUGCAAAAAUCGUCAUAUCUUUGUAAAAUCUGAAUGCACAGACCCAGUCCACAUAUGUACAGAUUCAGAUGGACUUAAUUUCUCCUAGGAUGUUUCUCUAAUAUUUAUUGCAAUUAGAAGGCUUAGAAGAAAACAAAUUUUAAGCGGUUGUAAGCUAUUUGGCUAACUAGCUAUUUCACUGGUAGGUCGUAAGCUAGUACCGUUAGCGGUGCAUUUCUCUCUCUGUGUAUAUUUGCUAGCAAAAUUAGCAAGUUUGUCCAAUGCAUGAUAUAAUGGACAUUAUCUAGAAGCUUUAAUCACUAAACAACAUUGAAUGAUUUCAAUGCUAAUCAGUGCAGACUUUACAUUAGCAUUAAAGCUGACAUGCAGUUUUAUUCAGACUUGACGAGUAUUUGGAUUUUUUUUAAAGGUGAAAUUCAGCUAACUAGCUAAGUAGCUAUUUAGCCUGAAAACUAGUGCUGUUAGCACUUUUUCCAGCUGGAUUGUUCUUGGCUUAUUAAACAAGUCAAGGUACAGCACGAGGCAGCACAGUGUUGGUUCAUCUGAGAGGAAGUGAAAGUGUUUGUUUGGAUCGUUUGCACCUUUGGUCAAGAGAGAAGUUGGAGAAGUGAAUGUAAGAGGGGUUUUCAGGGAUGCUUUCUGUGUAAUUCUGGAUGUUUCAGGUGGUUUUGUUAAAAGUUGUCGGGUGCCGGUUGUGUUUCUGAAAGGUUGAAAGGGAACUUUUGAAAAUCUGUGUUUGGAAUCACCAGCAUGAGCCUGAAAAUGAUUCAAACUUUGUCCAGUACGACUCCAAAAUAACAAUAUAAUGAAAGAAAUGUGUCCAAAAUACCUGAAAAAUGUUCGAGAAGUGAUGAAAAAUCUGAACUUUGUUAAUUUGUGUUAUUUAGCAAAAGUUUGAUCUGCUUCUAGAUUGACGCUGAAGCAGGAAUCAUCAGUGUACAGCUUUACACAGCAGCAUCGAUUCAUUAAACUCUGGAAGAACCAUGAUAAUGUGCAAAUCAAAGGUCAUGUAAUCAGUGCGGGUAGCAGAGCUAGCAUCAGUGCUAACUAGCUUCUUCACUGACUGCCUAAUUCGGUCAAGUGUUAUAAAAAAAAAAGAUGAAUUUAGUCGCUUUUCUUGAGUUUUUGAUUGCAUCACAUGAUCUUCUGCAAAUGGAAUUGAAUGAAAAUGUAGAAAAAAUCCAUUUUUCCUAACUCUUUAAAGGGUUUCUGGUGGAGUUUUGCUUCUAUAGUGGCAAACGUUAAUGUCUUUGCCAGCUUUUGAAGGUUGUGGGUUGAUCGUAGGUUGCAGAGGAAGCCACGCAUAAAUGUUCCAAAUCUUAACAAUGCUAUGGUCGAAACAGACUCCCAACAACUGAACUCCAAGGAAGUUUGCAUGCAUCUUCAUCCUAAUGUUUAUCAAAUGAACAAAACCUACUGAAGAAAAGACUUAAAGAUUUGCCUCGUAGGCUUUUUCUGAAGUUUAAGAUCACAUCACGUGGUCUUCUUCUGCAGAUUUGAGUAAACUCUGGAUAUAACUGCGAUUUUUCGAUGAAAUGAAUCAUCUAGGCCUCCUCUGGGCUCUUAAAGAACUGAAGGUGGAGUUUUGCUGGUCCAUUGAUGCACAUUAAUACCAUGUACACAUUUUAAGGGUUGUAGGGUGACGAUGGACUGAAGAAAAACUAACGCAAAACCCUCCAAAAUCUCAACAACACAUUGGGUAAAUCUACAAAUGAAGCACGUUAAUUGGUUGACAGAGAUACCAAAAGGUGUACGAGGCGCUCACAUUAAAGCUCAUCUGAAUAUGAUAGAAAAAGCUCAUCUCAAUCUUACAACGUUCGUUUAUUAUCUUAAAAAAUGCGAUAAAGUUGUUUGAUUCAUGACCUUUGUUUUGCACAUUGUCCCAUGUUGCUUUCUCAUGUUUGCUGCAAACUUUACAUCGAAAUCCAACGAGAGGAAAGUUUAAAAAGGUGUUCAGUCCAGAUAAUAAAUCCUGAAAGAGAUGCAAAUGGAGUCGUUUGGUAAAGAGUGGAAUUUUAAAAUGAAACUAAUGAGCAGAAUGAAUGAAAGUGAAACGUUUAUGCAUUACGUCUUAGCUUUAAACUUCCUAUCGUAGAAUCAUAGUUCGUAAAAAAACAUGCAUUAUAUGAACUAACUGCAUGACUUAUUAACUGUCUGCCCCUUAGGGGGAAAAUAUGCUGAAAUUUAAUCCAUCUAAAUGCCCUCAUCCACCAGAAAUCCGACUUAUCUUUAAACAUGAAAAAACCCGAGCCAGCACAGCAUGAACAGAUUUCAGUUCGGAGAAAAGUCGGACGUAAACGGUGGACGAGUCGUUGGUUUAGAUGUGGCUGGAAUACGAUGAAUGUGUCAUUACAGCAGUAUAUCAUAUCUAUUUUUGUACAUUUUAUGCAUCACAUGUUGUCAAAUCGUUGCCUGGUGGAGAUUUCAGAGCCUGGGAGACUUUAAGGAGAAUUCUGUGUAUUCAUUUAGUUUUUUGUUGUUUACCUUUAUGGUUCAGGGUUUCAAUGGGACAGUGCAGGAGAAUCAGUGAUAUCAUUUCAAAUGUGGUGAAAGAUGAAUAUCUAUAGUCAGAUGUCAGUUAUUUUUAGAUAAGACUAAAUCAGUGCAAUCUGCUAACUUUCUAGAUUUCUAUGUUUUUUUUUCCCCGGCUCAGCAGGAGCAAAGUUUUAGAUUUGAAAGACGAUUUUUUUGCUCAAAGAUUCAGUUCCAGAUUCACAAAAAUCAGUCAAGACACGCGUAAACUCCCGAAAAAACAAACUGCUUCCAGAUUCCAUUAGAUUCACCAGCAUCAGCUUUUCUGUGAUCUGAAGCAAUACUGCAAAACCAGGAGCUGCAAUUUCCGCCAUAAAUCGUCGUAUCUUUGUGAAAUCUGUACGCACAGACUCGGUCCACAUAUUUAUAGAUUCAGGAGGACUUAAUCUACUAUUUAUUGGAAGUUAACAUCCAUAAACCUGAUUAGAAGUCAGAGAAAAAAAAGCUAAUUUUGAGCUGUUGUAAGCUAUUUGCUAACUUGCUAUUUAACUGGUAGCCCGUAAGCUAGAACCAUUAGUUUGAUGCUAACAAGUGCAGACUUUAUGCUAGCAGGAAAGCUAAUUGUUGUUCCAACUUGAAGAACAUUUGUUUUUUAAAGGUAAAGUUCAGCUAGCUAAGUAGCUUUUUAGCCUGCAAACUAAUGCCGUUAGCACCUUCUCCCAGCUGGAUUGUUGUUGGCUAAUUUAGUGAGUUGAGAUGGGUCCAGCAUAUUGUGGAUAAAGAAGAUAUCUACUAAAAAAUAGACAUUGAAAAUUGAAAAUCGAUGCGUUAAGUGCUCGUCAGUAUUACAUUAUUCAAACUGCUAACAGCCAGUUCAGCUGCUUUUAAUGCUUCCGAUUUAUACAAUACAGGCUUAAGAAAGUCCGCUAAUGCUAACCCACGUGCAAAUACGAGCAAAAUGAAUGGCGGAAGAGAUAAAAUCCAUAAUAACCGUCUUGUCUUCAUGUUGUGUAAACAGCAGUUUGCCAGUAUUAGAGCGUUUUGGAACAACAAUCUACUAACUCCCCGUCAUGAAUCUGGAGCUGAGUCCAUCCUGAGCCAAUGAAGAUAAAUAACUUUUAAAUUAGUAAAAAAAAAAUGAUCUGAGAACAGUUCAAAUCUUAGCUGGAUGCAGAAACCAAUCAGUCUGUGAAAAGAGCCUCAGCUACUUUUGAUAAACGAACGACGUGUUUCGUAGAUUUUAGCUCAACGAGUCGUUUGAUCAGCAGCAGACGUAUUAAAGUAAAAUAUGAUGUCGUGUUUGCACUUUGAUCACUGUGGUACUUUAGCAAAAACCAAUCAGCACAGAUCAGUGUUUGGUACAGAGGUGUUUUUAUUCCCGAUGUUCAGUUUGUGAAAUGUCGUGUUCAAGAAAAAAAACUGUAAAAAGUGUCUCCACUGAUGGGUGAUCGAAGUUGAGUCUUUAAAGGUUCGAACCAAGACGAGAAGAUUCAGUGAAUGAGCUGAGCUGCCUUACUUCAGGAUGCUGGACGCAAAAAACGCUUUAAAAAUAUCAGAGAGACGAACCUUCCUUCACCCGUCAGGACGGACUUUUUCGGUUUAAAUCUGCAAAACGUCAAGAACAACAAAAUCUGAGCUUCUGAUGCUGUUUUUUUUUAAGUUUGUGAUGCAACAGUUUGUAUUUUUGUGCCAGUUUUAGAGGUAAAUACGUGUUCACAGUGACAAACUGCUAAAGCUCGGCUUAAACUUUAAACCACUAGAGGGCGCCGAGGCUCCACUGCGGCUGCAGGUUCAGGAAGUUUUACCUUCACUGAUGUUUCGUUUUCUUCCAUAAAGUAUGAUUUUAACAUCAGAAAAUGCACAGAGAACUGAUAAUGUCGUUCAAGUUUGGGAUCAAUAAACCAAUGAACAGUCUCACAGUCAGACCAUUCUGUAGCGCUAAAGCAACGCAAAAAUUGUUCAACAUUGCUCAAAAAUUGUCAAAAAUUUACUCAAAUUUGCUCAUAAUGACUCAGUCGUCCAAAAUUACUCAAAAUUUGUCAAAAACGACUCAAAAUUGUCCAGAAGUACUCAGAUUUUGUGGAUAAAUGCCAUAAAAAGUGACGUUAGGCGUAAAGAUUGAAUAACUUCCUGGACCAGCAGCAGCGGUGGUCCUCUGCGUUUUAUUAUGAAGCCUCUGUUUAAUAGAAAAUUGUGCAUCAAGAUUAAUGUUGAAGAGAUAAAAUAAAGUGUUUCUAUCAAA